UGUGUGUGUGAGCAGACGACAUGCAGCAGAUCUACAGACACAGCAACGAACAGUUCGAGGUUUAUACCACCGUCUUCUCCCCCCAGGGUGAGUGCAGCACACCUUCACCUCUCAGCAGACACACUUUAACACCUCGAGUCGCGCUUUGUGUCGAUGCCGACAGGAAGUGCAGGUGCUGAUGGGCGGUGCCCUUUACUUCUCAUGAAUCUGACCUAAACCAUCAGAUUGGGUCAGACGCGCCCAUCACAAUGUUCAAAGCUUCUCUGACUGCAGCGACGCCUGACGCAGGCGAUCCAGUGAUGACAGAGAUUGGUGUGUUUGCUGCUGAAGCCAGCUGUUCUUCGUGGUGGUGCUGCUUUCAUGAAGCUCCAGAUGUUUCAGUGGGUGGUGGUGUUCAGCAGCUGGAGUGUGAUGAUCACGCUCUGAUGUCUCUCCUGAACCCGCCUGACACGGAUCAGCAUUAAUGCUGCUUUGAGACGUGCGCUGUCCGGAGGAUGCCACGAACUCCAAACAGACUCCAGCGUCUGAACUCUCUACUGAGUCUUCAUCAGAGCGUGACGAUGACACGGUCACGGGCUCUUCAUCGCCGUUUUACCCCAGAGUCUCUCACACACAGCUGGGCCCUCCACAUUGCCUCGCCGGGCAGCAGAUGUUGAACAGCUUCGUUACAGUUUUUGAGUUUUUUGUUGCUGAUUCAUUGAAACACGCCGCUGACAUCAGACUCAGAGAGAAUACAUCAAGUUUCUUAGUUCCAACAUUAAGACUUCUCUUUUUCUGUCAACUUCAGGCUAUAAAUGAUGGCAACAUCCCUGUUUAUAGGAAAAGUGGAGACCUGAAAAUCUGGCAAUGCCUUUAUGAAGAAAAACGGAGAAACUCUCAGGAAAGAGUGACCCGUCAGCUCAGCCUCGAUGAUGCGAUCUCAGACCACCGCACUCUGCUUCAGGAAACCGAAGCUUCAUCGUCACUCCGUGUGGAGCGAGUUAACCCGAGCAGGUUUCACAGAGUCUUUGGGUUCAAAUACGCUCGUUCAUGUGAACCCUAUGUGAUAAAGAUUACACUGUUGUGAAGUCCUGCCAGGUGUCAACCAAUCAGAAGGUCUGAGGACAGCUGCGAGCGGAUCAACAGGAAGCUGAUCUUCACAGCGAGGAAAAGUUAAACGGCUCUUUCGUGAACCGUGACGUUCUCAGAUAUCACCGCUCAUUUCCUGUAACGUGUCUCGGGUGUGUUGGAUCCUUGAACAUUCACUUCCUGCUCUAAUUCAGCCUGAUCCUGUUUCCUGGUAUCUCCAAGCACCUGGAGGCCGCAGCGUUUCCUGGGAUCAGACUCUGACCAGGGUCCGUCUCGGACCGCUGAAUGGAAUAAAGCAGCUGGAAGUGAUGCCACCUUUACACUUUUACACAAAGCUAAUCUGGUGUAACAGCGGCUCGCUGAGCACGCUCAGUGACAACCAUCUACCAGGUGACCGGUGAACGCCUUCGGCAGGCUCACUUCAGAAACUGUUCCCUCGAAGGUGAAUCUGACACAUCUUUAGUUAUAAGACUGAAGAUGAGGAGAGGGUAAGACAUCCAUGGAAAGGUGAGGUGUGGAACAUAUAACUGGCAACCCAGUGGAUGUUAAAAAUAUGACAUCGGACCUUCGCCGCUUUGGACAGAACAGCGAGGAAGAGUGGCGGCAGAAAAUCAGCUGCUGUUCCUUAAAUCGGACAGAUACAUCUUCCAAUGUGUCUCUGAUCCUUUAAUCUGUGUUUGCACAGAUCUGAUCAGCUCUUAUCUAAAUUCAUUGUCUGAACUUGAGCAUCUCUGUAUGCUGGAGCCAGCUUUUCAUGUUUGUUUGUAAGAAUCAAAUGCAAAAAUUCAAAUGUAUGUUUUUCUUUUCUUGGGUGAACUGAAAACGCACCGAACCUUCUCGUGUGACAGGCUGACACCAACUCUAAAGCUUUUUGUGCCCAGAAGCAACGAGCACACAAAUAUAUGACCCACAAUGUCAGUAAAACAGGAACAAACACACACAGAGACACACACAGGAGUUUUGUGGGAUUUGUAUUGAUAAGCUGAUUGGUUGAUGAGACUUCCUGUGUUUGUCAGUCUGCAGGUCGAGGACAAGGACGAGAUAUGUGGGAGCAGAGAAGUACUGCGGUCUCCGUUCGUUGAGGCACGUCCAGCUCCUCAAUGGUGGUGGCGAGGAUCCAGUACCGGGGCCGCUGGCCGAAGGAGCUGGACCUGAACCAGGGGGACCUGGUCCAGGUUCUGUUUAAGGAGGACGAGGCGUGGUGGUUCGGGCGGCUGAAGAACGGGGAUGAGGGUUACUUCCCCGCCGCCAGUGUGGAGCCGCUGCAGGGUGGAGCCCCUUCCAUAGCCACGCCCACACUGCUGAGGAGAGGCUCAGUACCAGCAGUUGUAUCGACCGCAAGUGCCCCCUGUGGCUGCACGAGCGGUCGCAGCACCCCGAGGCUGCUCAGGAAAAACAGCAUCCGCCGCCCGCUCGGCUUCGAUGGGCCCUCGGCGGUGGCGACGGCAGGGACGGGAGGCUCCUCUGCGGCUCCUCAGGGGUCUCCGAGCCUCCUCCACCGAGUCCUUGCCAAAUCCAGGAGGAAGAGCUGCCCCCAUCUCACCCACAUCCACCACCCUACCCCCGAUGCCGGCUCCGUGAACAACGCCUUCCAGCCGGACUAGACCCCGAGUUCGCUCCUCCUGUUCCUCCUCCUCUGCACGUGACCCCGGAGUCCCGGGGGUCAGGUCCAGGUCGCUGGGAGGCCCUCUUUCAUCUGCUCGAGUCUGAAGCGAGUUUCAGAGGCCGAUCGAGUCACCUGUCCAUCGAAAACCUCCCAGUCAGCCCCGAGUCCCCGACAUCAGCCUCAGCUGGACCCCCUCAGACGGGGCGGAGCCACCGUCGCUGUCAGAGACGCUCACUGAGGUUUCAGAAAAAGGUCGGGACACCGGUCCAGCUUCAUCGCUUUAUUAAAACUGUACAGUCAUUUUGUUUUUGUGUCACUUCACAAAUUUGAUGUUUAAAAAAAAAAAAAAGAAAUAAAAGCAUUUAAAAUCCAUUCCAAUAUCAAUCAAUACAUGACAAUCAAUACAAUCAAUAAAUCUAUUGUGAACGUUCAAAGA